GUUCCAUCCAUCCAGCAUCAUGGACUUCACCCAGUGCCGAGACUGGGCCUGUCCUUGUUGAGAAAGGAACAGGCUUUGCCUCAGAAAACCCAAAGAUGUCCAUUUCCUGCUCGCCUUUGCCUUGAGGGGGCAGACCUACUUUGGCUCGGGCCACUCAGUCCACCCGGUGAAUCGGAAAAAAGGAACAGCCUCGAAGACUGGAUGAGUUGGAGCUGCCUAAGACAGCUGGGUUCAUGCGACCACGUUGGGACGUCCUGGAUUGAUUUAGGAGGCAAUUGACCAACUGGUUACCUUCAGCAACAAGACCUGCGCAGGUGUUUUCCUGCGCCCUUUUCUUGUUUCCUUUGGAGCUUUUGAGGGAGUUUGUCGCAACUGGACUGGGCUCAGAGGAUCCUUUCUGUUUUUGACUCCAACUCGAAUUCAGGGUGCCUUUUGCGGCAGGGCCACCAGAAUUUCAUCCUUCCCCUCCACGAGCUUGCCCCCAAGACCGCAGUUCAGCCAAGUGCAGAGUUAUGUGCGAGGCGCCACACAAACCGCCAUCCCCGUUGCUGUAUCGAGGCAGUUCGAAGCCAUGAAGUGACCCUCUAGACAACUUGCACGCAAAAAGGAGAACGAGGUCAUAGUAGUUGGACGCAUGUUUGUUCAUAUGCGCUGAGAUUCUUAGAAAGACAUCUUCAGGAAAGCCAGAAACAGAUGUGGGAACGCUGCAAGCUCAGACCCGGGGGUUGUUUUCGGGCGCCGUCGGAUCAUGAGAGCCAGUGAUUGCCCGUCUGAACAGGCAGGAGAAUCGCAGGGCCAGCCUAGUGAUGCUACAGGUCAAUCAGAGGGCUCCCAUGCCAAUGGCACCUGCAAACCCUGCAUUUUCUGGGCAUCAUCCCGUGGCUGUGCCAAGCAGUCCUGCGACUAUUGUCAUCUGGCGCACGCAGCUCCCGGAGAGGGGGGACGCCCGAGGAGGGCCAAGCGGGAUGCCAUCAAGGCCAGGAUCUUUGAGUUUUUCUUAGUAGAGGAUGAGGAUGAGAGAACCAGACUCUUACAGGAAGAGGCUGCAAGUCACAGAUAUGCUCGGCACUACAUCCAAGGCUUCUUGGAGAAUCCUCCCUUUGAUGUACGAAAAGUGGCUCAAGAUUUCAUCGUAUCCAUCUAGGCGGCCAGGAAUUUUGGUGCAGUUGGCGCAGACUCAAGCGGGCCCAGCGGCCUAGCACGACAAUCAUGCGUUGUGUGUGUGGGCGUGCGCGUGCUUGCAAAGUCAGCUUGCAAAGUCACCGUGAAGAGCUUCUUGAUUUCCAAAGUCUCAGCUGUCAGUCACAGUGAUAGAAGGCAUAGGAAGAA